CUUAUCAGAACCAGCGACACAGAACAAUCCGAAGAAGUACGAAGUUGGGAGUCCCAAACUCCCAAUUAUAUCAGAAAGCACCCAGGAAGCUGAGGAGCACCACCAAUGGCGAAAAAAGAGAUGGAGGUUGUGAAGGGUGUGGACCUCGAGCGUUACAUGGGUCGUUGGUACGAGAUUGCUUCGUUCCCGUCGUUUUUUCAGCCCAGGAAUGGAGAGAACACCAGAGCCACCUAUACUCUGAACAAAGAUAGUACUGUGCACGUCCUGAACGAGACUUGGAGUGAUGGAAAGAGAAGCAGUAUAGAAGGGACUGCGUAUAAGGCUAAUCCUGAUAGCGAUGAAGCUAAGCUCAAGGUCAAAUUUUAUGUUCCUCCGUUUCUGCCCAUUAUUCCAGUGGUCGGAGAUUACUGGGUUCUGUUCCUCGAUGAGGAUUAUCAGUAUGCUCUGAUCGGCGAGCCUAGAAGGAAAUACCUUUGGAUAUUAUGCAGGAGGACUCGUAUGGAUGAAGAGAUAUACAACCAGCUAGUUCAGAGAGCAACGGACGAGGGAUAUGAUGUGAGCAAACUGCACAAGACACCACAGAGUGAUCCUCCUCCUGAAGGAGAAUUCCCUCAAGACAAAGGCGUUUGGUGGAUCAAAUCCUUGUUUGGAAGAUAGAUUCCCGACCAUUUUGUUGCUCAGAUGAAUCCAUUGUGUUUAGAUCUCUCUAAUGUUUGUAUGGCUUUCUGUAAAUAUGUCAACUUUUGUAUGUUUUUGGUGCCUCUACUUCUGUUAUGAGUUGAGAUGAGAAUCCUGUCUUUGUAGUAUUUACUUUUUAGAAAGCUGUGGGAACAAGUCUGUGAUCUUAUCUUCAUCUAAAUCCACUUGGGCAAGUGAAGUCUAGAUUGUCUCCAGCGAAAUGACAACUUGCCUGUCUUCUAUUAUGAAAAACCAUGCAUUCCUUGGGUUCCAA